AUGGAUGUGGAUGAGUCCUCUGUGUCCCAGGUAUCACUAGAUGAUCUAUACCUUGGGCCAGAUGAUGACAUAGGAUAUGAUUCUGCGUCAUCCAGAUCACUGGAUGUCUUGGCUGCAAUAACCAAUCAAUCACCUCUGGCUCAAGUUGAUCAUCCAGGUUCUCCCAUCAAUCCAGACUUGUAUCUCAGGCAUGAGGAUGAUAUCAUCAAUGUUGAUGAGUUGCUGGAUUCUGCUGAUCCUAAGAUUGAUGCUCUGGCUGCAUCAGAAGUGUUUAUGUCAUUGCAAUCUGUUCAAGAUCAACUUGGUGAUUACAAACACUGUACUGGGGAUCUUCUUGAUCCUUCCAUUCCACUGCUACUUGAGGCCAAGUGA